UUAUUUAUUAAUCAUCGUCUUAAUUCAUUGAAUAUCUCUCUCUCUAUAUAUAUAUAUAUAUAAAUGGCUAUUGAACUACUUUAUUAGUUUAUAGAGCUUAUAAUCAGUUGUAAACUUGGCAACAGAAACUGAAAAUAAAUGUCAUCAACUUUCCUUGAAGGCGUUGGCGAUGAAGUCAUCUAUGCAUGUCUCCUCACUAUAUUGCCAUUCAUUCUAAUUACAAUUUUUGCGACCAUGAAAAAACGUUAUAACCAUCAAAUAAUCCAUCCUGAUAGUCUAGAAAAUGUUCAAACUGCCCGAGAACACUUGAACCGUGUCCCUAUAAGCAAUCCUAAUCGAAGACAAAAUGAAUCGAAUUGUCCUGUUUGUCUUGAUGAUCUUUCUUUUGGAGUUGAAACAAAUUGCGGUCAUGUAUUUUGUGCUAGCUGCAUCAUUGCUUACUGGCAUUAUGGAUCAUGGCUAGGUGGAAUUAAGUGUCCGGUUUGUAGGCAAAAGGUUACUCUUUUAUUACUUUGUUUCACCGAUGCAGAAACUCGUUCUACGACACAAGAACGAGCUGAUAUACUUAAUCAAAUUCAUGAUUAUAAUCGAAGAUUCUCAGGAGAACCUCGAUCUAUAAUGGACUAUCUCAAUGAUAUCCCAACUCUUCUACGACACUGUCUACAAGAACUUUUCUCAUGGAAUGGACUUAUGAUAAUAUUUCGUAUGCGAAUUACGAUCUGUGCCGUAUUUGGGAUAUGUUAUCUUAUUUCACCAUUAGAUAUAAUUCCUGAAGCUGCUUUCGGUUUGUUUGGACUCUUAGAUGAUGUCUUUGUUCUUUCUUUGAUGGUUGUUUAUAUUACAAUUGCUUACAGGGAACUGGUGGCCAACCGCUUAGGGGGUUGAGUGACCCCGUUCCCAGCCUCGACUUUAUGUUCUUGUAUUUGUUACUGCUGUUUUAACAAAUUCUCAGAUAUGACCGUUCAUUAUACACACUGCCAUUAAUACUCACUGCUCUUCAAAAAUGUUUCUUUUCUGGCAAUAAGCAAUAUAGAGUGUAAAUUAAUAUAUUCUCAUCGUUUUGAGCACACAACUGAACUGCAAUGGUAAAUAGUCAUUAGCGUGUGUGUGUGUGCGUAUAUAUGUGUAUGUACACACAUGUAUAUAUGCACACACACACACGUGUGUGUGUUUGCUGCAUAUAAUGGUGAUUUAAUCUGGAGCUGCUAAAUCUUUUUCGUUCAAUGAACGGUUUCUGUGUUGACCUAAUUAUCUCCCUUUGUCUGCACAAACGGGCAAAUUUCUGAAGCUUUAUGGAAAAUAAAGCGAAACAUUACAGAAAACAUUUCAGUAAAAUUUACUGACUUUGGAUAAGAUAAGUUUUAAUAAUUGAAAACUGAAGAGUUUUUCAUAAUUUCCCGUUUUAUCUGAAAAUAUUUUCUUAAAAAAAAAAAAGACAAAAAACAUUUGAAUGUUAGAAUUUUAUAAAAUUAUGACUUACAAAAUCUAAUUGAA